GGGGGGGUUGGUGUUGGUGGUGGUGGUGCUGCUGGUGUUGGUGUCGUCGUCCGCGCGCACGCACGUGACCGGGGCGAGACGCGAACGCGCUCCUCGCCUGUGGAAGGCAGGGAAUCGAGAGCGCGGCCGCCGGGAUCGAUCGGAUUAAACUUGAAUCGGGUGAAAUUAACACAAAGGAGCGAGAGAGAGAGUCAGCGAGGACGGGACGGGAGACGCUGAGGCUGACGCGCUUGUAUGCCGGCGAUUCGGCCGAUUUUUGUCGCGCACAGGUGGAGGUACAUGCUAAGAACACUUUAUUUAACACAAGCCCGAAGUGACCUGGCCACUAAGCUACGCGGCUAAUACUAGGUCCCGUAACCUGAUUGCGCCUGACACCGCCUUGUCUGAACACAUUAAGGAAAUAUGGAGUGACAUGCGGGAGAUUAGCUAAGGGAUUAAAGGCUUUGAGGACACACACCUCUGUGGCGGCCCCCGAGUCGCCUGUCACUUGUCGCUGGAGCCCCACGGGAGGCCGAGCAUGGCUGACCCCGGCAUGAUGAGUCUCUUUGGGGAGGACGCGACCCUCUUCUCAGAGGGCCUGGACAGCCUGGGUGAGUGCGGUUACCCCGAGAGCCAGGUGAAUGCGCUGGGCCAGCCCAUGACUCUGGAGCAGGGUUACAUGCACCAUGCGGCGGCGGCAGCGGCACCACCAGGAGCUCCCAGCCAGCCGCAGCCCAAGCUGAGCCACUUUGACCACUUCAGCCAGUAUGAGCCACAGAAGAUCCACUUGCUGGAGCAGCCACCACCAGCGGGGGGGCGCAUGUUGAGUGCUGGCCCAGGCAACGGUAUGUCGUCGCCACACUCGCAGUACCAUGCGCCGGUGCCAGUCUCCCACGGUGGCGGCAGUGGCGGAGGCCCUGGCCAUGGAGUCUACACAGGGCUACAGGCGGAGCGGCAUGGCCAGCCUUACAUGGAUGGCUCCAUGUGGGGCCCGCGGGCUGAGCCUGCCAGGCCCAACUUCCAGCAGCAGCAACCACAGCAGCAGACAGGUCCUUCAGGGCACAUGCAGCCCAUGGGGCCCUAUAUGGUGCGUGGCGACUACCCCAUGCAGGCCCACGGCCAGAUGCCCACCCCGCCUCGGAUCAACCACUUUGGCCAAGCCCUGCCACAGGAAGGGGGCCGCAGUGCUGCCACCAACCACUUCAUGGGCCACAUGGGCCCACAGCCGGGCGGAGGCAUGGCCGGCACCCCCAUGCGGCACCCUGUGCAGCAGCAGCAGCCGCCACCUCAGCAGCAACAGCAGGCGCAGGCAUCUCAAACGCAGCAGUUCCACCACAGGCCGGCCCCGGCCCCCCUGCACCCUGACACUGUGGUCCACAGCCCCCGCUUCUCACCCAGUCCCUCACAGCCCUCACCCCAGCAGCAGCAGCAGCAACAGGCUCCAGGGCGCCCCCCACAGGCUAUGGGCUUUAACGCCUGCAACCCGGCAGCGGUGACACCCUCGGCGGCCGUGAACAGCUCAGGGCAGUACGCGCCCUACCCCCCAUAUGGUGCCGUUGGUCAGGGACUGGUGGGUGGUGGCUCCGGUGGUGCGAUGAGCACCGGUAUGGGCAGCCCUAUGCCACAAGUGCCCCGGUACCCUGGCUCUGGGUUUGGGCCUAGUGGGCCGCAGGGCCUCAUGCACCAGCAGCCCCUGCAUGUGCCGCAGAUGAACUCGCAAGCUAUGCACCCGGCGCAGCAACAGUCGCCGCCAAGCCCACCACAGCAACCACCUCCACCUGGCCCUCAAGGCCCCUACGGCUCACCCUCGCCCAUGUCCCCCUUAAAGGCGAUGGGAAACCCUGCUGGCACCCCCCCACCGCCCCCGCAGACGGCCCGCCCUGCCAGCGCCGGCAUGACGAUGGAGGUUGGCGGCUACCCCGCCAUCCCCCACCAACCUGCAGGGGCAAUGGGGCUGUCCCAGAGGAACCUGGGCCCCCGUGGCCUGGCCCAGCAGCAGCAGCCAGCCCCCCAGCCCUACAUGGGCCUGUCCCCCAGUCAGCGUGACCUGGGUGGGCCACUUAGGGCCUCCAGUGGACUUGGCCAAAACUGUGUGGACCCCCAGGCCAUGCCAGACCAGCGGAUGCUCUCCGGCGCCCCUCAGCACCCGGGGCAGCCCCUGGCGCACCAGCUGCCAUUUGCAAAACAGCAGCUGCAGGCCUGCUCACCCAUGCAGCACCCCCCACAGCCAGCACCCGCGCAUCUCUCCAUUCACCACCAGAGCUCACCACCCCCACACCACCAGCCGUGGGUACCACAGCAUACGUCUCCACCCACCACCCAGAAAGUGCCUCUACAACAGCCCUCGGCGUCAGAUCCAUCAAUCGAGGUCCUGGGCUCUGACAAGAUGCAAGCUGCCGCCGGUCCUGCCUCCCAGCCUCCGGGUCGUGCUGGGCUCUUGGCCGAGGGCGAGCAGAAGCCAAAAAAGAAGAAGAAGAAGAAGGCCAAGGCUGGUUCCGAGGAGGAGGAGGGCAGGGCCGAGGGUAGUGAGGAGCGUGCCAUCGUCUGCCUGGAGACCCUGGGCAGCCCUGGUAACGAGCCAUCUGCCGAGGAGGGCAAGAAGAAGAAGAAGCCCAAAGAGAAGAAGGAGCCCAAAGCGCCCAAAACCCCGAAGACCCCGAAGACCCCCAAGGAGCCCAAGGAGAAGAAGCCCAAGAGCAGCAGCACCCCCAAGGCCAAGAGUGCCAAGAAGCCCAGUGUUAAGAAGUCUUCAGACGCAGAGACACCAACGGCCACAACGCUGGCAAAAAAGAAGGAAGUGAAACGCAAACAGCCCUCCUCUGACAACUCUGACACAGAGAAGACCCCGCCCGCCUCGCCGGAGGAGGAUGACGACCUGGGCAUCCAGAAGAGGCGCUCGAGUCGGCAGGUGAAGCAACGCUACACGGAGGACUUAGAGUUUCGACUUUCCGACGAGGAGGUGGAGGAGACUGACAUCGGUACUCAGAAGUCCCCAUCACACAUCUCCCAUUUGGAGCCUCAGGAGGCCCCCGAUGCCUGAAGGUCAGUCGUGGAGAAGAUCAUGGGCAUGCGGGGUUAUGAAGAAGCAGGUGAGAAUGGGAAAAAGUAGGAAGUUGAAGAAUUCUAUGAAUUCAAGAACUUCUCCUACCUGCACUGCCGAUGGGCCGACCUGGAGGAGCUGGAGAAGGUCAAGCGCAUUCAGCAGAAGGUCAAGAGGUUCAGGCCAAGCAGUCACUUAAACCACCACCUCAUACAGAUGGAUGAUGAACUCAAUCCCGAUUACGUGGAAGUCGAUCGCAUCCUGGACAUAUCUGGCACUGAUGACAAUGGAGAGCCUGUGACUCACUAUUUGGUGAAGUGGUGCUCCCUCCCCUAUGAAGACAGCACUUGGGAACUGAAGGCAGACAUUGACCAGACCAAGAUUGAGGAGUUUGAGAAGCUUAUGGCCAGGGAGCCUGAGCUGAAGCGAGCGGAGCGGCCUCCCGCCAGCGACUGGCAGAAAUCCGAGAGUUCCCGAGAAUACCGGAACGGGCAAUGCGCUCAGGGAAUACCAGCUGAGGGCCUCAACUGGCUGCUCUUCAACUGGUUCAACACACGUAACUGCAUAUUGGCUGACGAGAUGGGCCUGGGGAAGACUAUCCAGUCCAUCACGUUCCUCUAUGAGAUCUUUCUGAAGGGGAUCCACGGGCCCUUCCUGGUCAUCGCACCGCUGUCCACCAUCCCAAACUGGGAGCGCGAGUUCCGCACUUGGACGGAGCUCAACGUGGUGGUGUACCACGGCAGCCAGGCCAGCCGCCGCACCAUCCAGACCUACGAGAUGAAUUUCAGGGAUGCCCAGGGCCGCAUGAUAAAGGGGGCCUACAAAUUCCACGCCAUCAUCACCACGUUCGAGAUGAUCCUGACAGACUCUGAGCUGCGCAGUAUCCAAUGGCGCUGUGUUGUCAUCGACGAGGCGCACCGUCUGAAGAACAGGAACUGCAAGCUGCUGGAGGGCCUCAAGAUGAUGGACAUGGUCACACAAGUUCUCCUCACUGGCACGCCCCUGCAGAACACUGUGGAGGAGCUUUUCAGUCUGCUCAACUUCCUGGAACCGGACCGAUUCCCUUCAGAAUCUACUUUUAUGCAGGAGUUCGGAGACCUGAAAACAGAGGAGCAGGUGCAGAAGCUCCAAGGCAUCCUGAAACCCAUGAUGCUGAGACGGCUGAAGGAAGAUGUGGAGAAGAACCUGGCUCCUAAGGAGGAGACCAUCAUCGAGGUGGAGCUCACCAAUAUCCAGAAGAAGUAUUACCGUGCCAUCCUAGAGAAGAACUUUGUCCUGUCCAAGGGCGGCGCUGGGGGAGGCGGGGGCAAUGCUAACGUGCCCAACCUACUGAACACUAUGAUGGAGUUGAGGAAGUGCUGUAACCAUCCAUACCUUAUCACGGGUGCCGAGGAGAAAAUUCUGGACGAGUUCAGGGAGGCUCAUCACUUGGAGUGUCCAGAUUUCCACCUCCAGGCGAUGAUCCAGGCAGCUGGGAAACUCGUGCUGAUCGACAAGCUGCUGCCAAAGCUGAAGGCCGGCGGCCACCGCGUGCUGAUCUUCUCCCAGAUGGUGCGCUGCCUCGACAUUCUGGAGGACUACCUCAUCCAGAGGAGGUACCCGUAUGAGCGCAUUGAUGGAAGGGUGCGGGGCAACCUGCGGCAGGCAGCCAUUGACCGCUUCUCCAGGCCCGACUCGGACCGCUUCGUCUUCCUGCUAUGCACCCGGGCGGGCGGCCUGGGCAUCAACCUGACUGCAGCCGACACCUGCAUCAUCUUCGACUCUGACUGGAACCCCCAAAACGACCUGCAGGUGAGAUCAGACCGCAUUGGCCAGAGCAAGGCCGUAAAGAUCUACCGGCUGAUCACCAGGAACUCCUAUGAGAGGGAGAUGUUUGACCAAGGCCAGUCUGAAGCUGGCCUGGACAAGGCGGUGCUCCAGUCGAUGAGUGGCAGGAGAACGCCGCCAACGGGGUCAGUCCAGCAGCUUUCCAAGAAGGAGAUCGAGGACUUGCUGCGCAAGGGAGCCUAUGGAGCUCUGAUGGACGAGGAGGACGAGGGCUCCAAGUUCUGCGAGGAGGACAUCGACCAGAUCCUCCAGAGGCGUACUCAGACCAUCACCAUCGAGUCUGAGGGGAAGGGGUCCACCUUCGCUAAGGCGAGCUUUGUUUCAUCUGGGAACAGGACCGACAUUUCAUUAGAAGACCCUGACUUCUGGCAGAAGUGGGCGAAAAAGGCAGAGCUCGAUAUGGACGCCAUUCACGGAGGGUAAGUGCGUAACAACCUGGUGAUCGACACACCACGCGUGCGCAAGCAGACAAGGCAUUACAGCUCGGUGAAGGAGGAAGAGAUGAUGGAGUUCUCUGAGCUGGAGAGCGACUCGGAGGAGAGGCCCAUGAUCAAGCCAAGGCGGCCGGUGGACAGGUCGCAGGGCUACCCCCGCAGCGAGUGCUUCAGAGUCGAAAAGAACCUGCUGGUGUAUGGCUGGGGUCGCUGGAAUGACAUCCUGUGCCAUGGCCGCUACAAGCGCCCCCUGAAGGAGCAGGAUGUGGAGACCAUCUGCAGGGCCCUGCUCGUUUACUGCCUGCACCACUACAGGGGUGACGAGAACAUCAAGGGCUUUAUCUGGGACCUGAUCACCCCGACGGAGGACGGCCAGACCCGGGCCCUGCUCAAUCAUUCUGGGUUGUCCGCUCCAGUGCCCAGGGGCCGCAAGGGGAAAAAGGUGAAGAGCCAGGCAGCACAGCCAUACACAAGGCAGGCCGACUGGCUGGCGAGCUACAACCCCGACACGCUGCUGCAGGAGGACAGCUACAAGAAGCACCUGAAGCACCACUGCAACAAAGUCCUGCUGCGAGUCCGCAUGCUCUACUAUCUCAGGCAAGAAGUCAUCGGCGACCAGGCGGACCGCAUCUUAGAGGGCGCAGACUCAAGCGACAUUGACGUGUGGAUCCCACAGCCGUUCCACGCCGAGGUGCCCACCGAUUGGUGGGACCGGGAGGCAGACAAAUCCCUUCUGAUUGGAGUCUUCAAACAUGGAUACGAGAAGUACAACUCCAUGCGCGCGGACCCAGCACUCUGCUUCCUGGAGCGGGUGGGCAUGCCUGACGCCAAGGCCUUCGCUGCUGAGCAGAGGGGAGCCGACAUGAUGGCAGAUGGCGCUGACGGAGGUGACUUUGACCGUGAAGAGGACGAUCCGGAAUACAAGCCGGCAAGGAUGGCAUUCAAAGAUGAGAUGGAUGAGUUUGCAGACUCGCCCUUAGAUGAUAAGGAAGAGGUCAUUGAUGGUGAUAACAUUGCUGCAAGGAAGGCCAAUGAGAGCCAGGAACUGGGCAACUUGUACUGGCCCAGCAGUUCGGCACUGACAACCCGCCUGCGGCGCCUCAUCACGGCCUACCAGCGCACAUACAAGCGGGAGCAGAUGCGGCAGGAGGCCAUGACCCGGACAGACAGGCGGAGAAGGCGCCCCCGGGAGGAGGUGCGGGCCAUGGUAGCUGAGAGAGAAGCCAUCAUCACCGAGCGACGGCAGAAGUGGACCCGUAGGGAGGAGGCUGACUUCUAUCGCGUGGUGUCCACCUUUGGCGUCAUGUACGACUCCCGCAAGCAGCGCUUCGAUUGGAACCAGUUCCGAACUUUUGCUCGCCUGGACAAGAAGACUGAUGAGAGCCUGGAGAAGUACUUCUUCGCCUUUGUGGCCAUGUGCAAAAGGGUGUGUCGCAUGCCCAUCAAGCCGGAAGAGGAACCACCCGAUCCCACCAUACUCAUGGAUCCCAUCACGGAAGAGCGUGCAUCCCGUACACUGUAUCGUAUUGAGCUGCUGCGCCGCAUCCGUGAGCAAGUGCUGCCACACCCAGAGCUGGAGACACGCCUUCGCCUGUGCCAGGCCAGUCCUGAACUUCCCGAGUGGUGGGAGUGUGGCCGGCAUGACCGCGACCUGCUGAUUGGUGCCUCGAAGCAUGGCGUGAGCCGUACGGACUACCACAUCCUCAAUGACCCUGAGCUGAGCUUCCUAGAGGCGCACCGGCGCUUUGCCCAGGGGAAGGGUGUCGGGACCCCCUACCAGCAUCCCGAUCAGCCCCUCACUCCAGCAGCCCCUAUUAAGAAGGAAGAGGAGCCAGAGCUCCCAACAGAACCAUCUAUAAAGACUGAAGAUGGAGAGACCCAGGCAGAAGGGGAGCUUGAAGAUGUGACUAAAGAGGAGAAGCAGCCUUUAACCUGCUCUCCCAAGGAAGAAGUGAAGGAUGACCCGGAGCCUUCCAUCGAUGUAGAGGUCAAGGAGCAGCCCACUGAGCAUGAGCUCGAGGCAGGUGAUAGUGCCUUUGUGAAAGCCAAGCAGGAGAGGGAGGAACCAGAGGCCCAGGAACCUUCAGAAGUCCAGGAGAAUGCGGAGGCUUUGUCGUUGGAGCCCAAGUCGUUGUCUGAAAAAGGCUCUGAGGAGGAGGAUGAAGACAAGAUGGAUGAAGAUGACAAGUCUGAGGAAUCUUCCCACGCUGAAGCUGGCCCAGCCUCUCAGGGGAAGAACUUUGACGAGGAAAGCAUUGCGUCUCUGAGCACAGCCCGUGAUGAGACUCGAGAUUGCUUCUAUGCCGAGGACGCACAAGCCCUCCCCGAGCGCUCCUUCUCGUUCUCCUUCUGGCCCAAGGACAGGGUGAUGAUCAACCGCCUGGAUAACAUCUGUGAGGCUGUGGUCAAGGGGAAAUGGCCCGCCAACCGACGCCAGCUGUUUGACUUCCCGGGCUUGCUGCCCGGCUACGUGCCCAGCACUGCCUCCGACAGCCCCCUGCAAAGACGCAGCUUCACUGAGCUCUCCAUGGUGGGCCAGGCCAGCUAUAGCGGCAGUGAAGACGUCACCCUCUCCCCACAGAUGGCCAAGGAUGAGAUGCUGAGCAUGACGGUUCCCCGGCAGCGCCGGCGACGGAGGAGGAAGGUGGAGAUCGAGGCAGAGCGGGCAGCCAAGCGCAGGAACCUGAUGGAGAUGGUGGCGCAGCUGAGGGAGUCCCAUGCUGCCGACGGCCAUGAGCAUGCCGUGGACCUGACUAAAGCCUUGCAGGAGGCCACCAGUUCUACCUCAGACCUCUCCUCCAAGUUUCUCUUGGCCAAUGCCUCCAACCCGCCUGUUGAUGCCUUCAAAACUCAAAUGGAGCUGCUGCAAGCAGGGCUCUCAGGGACCCCCACCCGGCACCUCAUGAACGGCUCCUUCUUGGAGGGGGACCUGCCCAUGAAGAGGAGGAGAGGCCGUAGGAAAAAUGUAGAGGGCUUGGACCUUCUCUUUAUGGGUAACAAGAGGGCAGCACUGAAUGCAGAGGAUUCAGAAGUGACCAAAGUUUUUGUGGAUGGCGUGCACAUGCUGCCACAGCACCAGAGAAACAUUCCAUCCCCCAGCCAGCUCGACCCCAACGCCCACAUCCCCGUCAUCAAUAGAGAGGAUGGUAGCCGGCUGGUGGGAGAGGACGCCCCCACCAACAAGGACCUGAUUGAGUGGCUAAACCAGCACCCGAAUUAUACUGUUGACAUGCCAAGUUUUCUACCAAAGAAUGAGGACCAUCUCCUCUCGCCGUUCCAGAAACCCAAACAAAAACGACACCGGUGUCGCAAUCCCAACAAGAUCGACAUCAAUACCCUGACUGGUGAGGAGCGGGUGCCGGUGGUGAAUCGGAGAAACGGGAAAAAGAUGGGAGGAGCUAUGGCCCCACCUAUGAAGGACUUGCCAAGAUGGCUUGAAGAAAACCCAGAGUUUGCAAUAUCCCCAGACUGGACCGACAUAGUCAAGCAGUCGGGCUUCCUUCCGGAGUCCAUGUUUGACCGUCUUCUGACUGGGCCGGUGGUGCGUGAGGAAGGAACCAGACGCAGAGGCAGGAGACCAAAGAGUGAGAUCACCCGCGCGGCGGCGCAGGCGGCCGCGGCCUCGUCCUCAGGCAUCAACCCCUUGCUGAUGAGCAGCCUGUUCGGAGGCAUGGACCUGGCCAGCCUGCAGAACCUGCAGAGCCUGCAAAGCCUGCAGCUGGCCGGCCUCAUGGGCUUCCCGCCGGGCCUGCGGCCGCGGCCGGGGGGCGACGCCAAGCACGCCUCCGCCAUGCUGCCCCUCAUGCUGCCAGGCAUGGCCGGCCUGCCCAACGUCUUUGGCCUAGGCGGCCUGUUCAACAACAACCUGACAGCCGCCGCUGCCGCCGCCACGGCCGUGUCUGGCGGGGCAUCAGCGGCCAGCCCGGCUGAGGCCGAGGAAGGGUCCAUCGCCAAGUCUGAUGAGAAGAAGAGUGAGGAAGAGGGUGAGACAAAGGACUCAGAGAAGACUCCGAAGGUGCCACUGCCCGAGCCCAAUGGGGAGGCUUCUAUCAACUCGACGGCAGCUGCUGCUGCUGCUGCAGCUGCUGCAGCUGCUGCGGCCGCCGGCAUAUCGACCAACCCUCUGGCCUUCAACCCCUUCCUCCUGUCGACCAUGGCCCCAGGCCUUUUCUAUCCCUCUAUGUUCCUCCCACCCAGCCUGGGGGGGCUGGCCCUACCCGGCUUCAACCAGGCCACGCUGGCCGGACUGCAGAGCGCCAUGGCGGGAGCCGGAGCCGGGCCCGGUGGGGAAGAGGAGGACGAGGCGGCCAGCAAAGAGCCCAGCGCCAAGGCAAAGGCAGAGGGCGGGGAGAACGUACUGGAGGACAGCGACACGGACGAGAGCCAGAACAAGACUGCCGAGUCUUCGCUGCUGGAGGACGAGCUGGGCCCGGCCGAGGAGCUGGACUCCCUGGAUGGGGGAGAAGAGGCAGAGGAUGAUGAUGACUAGGCUCCUCCCACCCGCUUUCAAGAAGUGUUUUAAACUUUUUGACAAAUGGUUAGCCCUACUGUUUACAUGCCAGUAAAAUAUCCAAAUAUACAGAUUUUGGCUUUUUAAUAUUUUUUUCUUGUUUUCAAAGGCAAUGAAAUGGAAACAGCUGUCUAAUGUAGUGUAGCGAAGCAGUUACGUUACCUGGAUGUCACGAUGGGUAUUCCUUGGUGUCUGAGUAUUGUGCAACACAUUAUUUAUUAUCCAAGGAGAGUGAACACCCUAAUCGCAGGUGUCUUAGAAUUAAUUCGCAGAAAUUGCGCUUGACAGCUCCUCACCUCCCCCCCUUCCCCCCACCGCCGAUAUCAAUGAGCGGCGAUGUUUGAAUUUUCCUGUGACACAGAUUUAAAUGGCAUUAGUGACUGCGGCAGGAGAGGAAUCAUGAAGAUGUAUAUUUAACUUUACCUUUUUUGUACCCUUUUAUUAUUUUUUAUUGUUUUGCUGUGAAGAUCAGGAUGAAAUUCAUACAUAUCAUGCCAGCACUCUGACUGUUCCCAGUUUCACAAGCUGACAAUCCCAGCAGAGGCGUGGCUCAGCCUGUGGAAACAGCAAUAACUAAGGCAGCUGCUGACGGUCGGGUUAUUCUCAAAGCGAUGCCGGGAGGGUGGUGGCACGAUUGAAAUUAAAGAGUCGAAAACUAAAAAAAUACUACAGUCAAUUUCUCGUCUUCAUGCACUGGUAUAAACUGAAAAAAAUCAGGUACAUUUCUCUUGUUGAAAGGACUUUUUGUUACUUUAGCCACAAAGCUGAACAGCAUUACCUCAAUUCUAGCCUUGAAGUUUACAGACAUGACUUGUAAAUGUUUUUUUUCCCCCUUAUUUUUCUCUUUGUGAUGUCUUUUUUUGUUUUUGAAACUAUGUAUGAUAAAAAUGUAAAUUGCUGCCAACUGUAGUGAAGCUUUUAAUAAAAAUGACCCACGAUAUUCAUCUAGGAAACCAAAUCAGAAUGUAUGUGGUCUUUUCUGUAGGUCUCUGUCUUCGGGAAUGACCCACGGCGCACUAGUUGGUCGCUCAGAUGAAUCGAGGCAGUUCCCGGUGAUUACAGGAUGACUAGGGGUUGCUAUUAGUUGGCUGGAUUCUUUCACUGGAUUUGUUUCUCCCCUAAGAACUCUAAUGGAUUGGAUGACCAGCUCCAGGCUACUGAAUGCAGACGUUCUGAUUUAACGUUGCUCACCAGCUAGCUCCCUCCCUGCGGCCUUUAUUCCUGAGCAGGGUCAUUUGUCCAAACCAUCUAUUGUAUGUUGUCUAUUUAAUUUCCUCUAUUUUCCAAUAAAAGACUUUUAAAAAUGUUA